AUGGCGGCAUCCACCCAAAUGAAGAAGGUGGUGCUCAUGAUUUGGAUCACCGCCCUCUUGUGUUCAUCCGCAGUGAUGAUGACUAGCGGGUGCGGGACUUGUGAGCCAAUGAAGCCCAAGCCAAGCCCGAAGAAGGCGCCACCGGCGAACCCAUUUUGCCCAAGGGACACAUUGAAGCUAGGUGUGUGUGCUGACAUUCUCGGGUUGGUCAACGUCUUGGUCGGAACCCCGCCAUCUGGAGCUAAAUGCUGUGCACUUCUGGAAGGCCUGGCUGAUCUGGAAGUCGCAGCUUGCCUUUGUACCGCCAUUAAGGCCAACGUGCUGGGGAUUAACCUGGACAUCCCCAUUGCCCUUAGCGCCCUUGUUAGCGCCUGCCAAAAGACCAUCCCACCGGGCUUCCAGUGUGGAUAG